AUGGGCUCCUCAACGGGGUUUGCCAAGACCAUUUUCAUUCCCGCCUCUGUCGCCCUCACAAUCUAUGUUCUCUUCUCAUGCCUCAUUAUCCCCUUCUUCCGCCGCUACCACCAACGUUACUCCCAAUACCUCCCCCUCCACACUAUCUCCGCCCACACGCUUUCGCUCCGCGGUCGCAUCGCAGAUUCCAUCAUGAACUUUUUCCUGCGCUCAAGAUGGCGCCGGAAUCCCACCCAUGCUGAGAAUGAUCUCCAUGACAACGACAACGUCAGCAUUGGCGAUGAAGAGGGCGAGAUGAUGAUUGGCAUGGGAGGGAGGAACAGGGAUGCGCGACGGAGAGAGGCGUUGGAGAGGAGGAGGAAUGGUGGUGAGAAUCUGGCCUUGGAUCGCCAGGAGAGGCUCAGUCGGGAAUUGGAGGAGGGGUUUAUGGAUGAAAGUGAUGAUGAGAGUGUGAAUGGUGCUCAAGGGAGGGACUCGCGGCAUCAGCAGGAGGAGGAGCCUCCCGUUGUAAGGGGUGUAAUGGGGUCAUGGAGUCGGCGAUGA